AUGGCAACGAUACACAAUACAAUCAACUACCUGGUUCCAUUCACGCAUACUCCGUUCACAUACGCACAAGUUAAUUACGACGCUUACUGUCCGAUUAUCAUCGAGGAGUCGUUUCGACCGAGAAAAUCGGGGAAUAGAGAAAUAGACUCAACGCGCAUAUUGCUGACGGAGAUGCUUGCUGUCCCGGCAAGACGGCCGGCAUCCUCGAUUUCGCUGAGAUACCGAGUACACCGAACCGUGCAGCGACGAAGUAAGUCGACAGAAGCUCACACCAAAGCAGACUCAGGAGGUCUCUCAGAGAAACCUGCAGCAGGCGAUCACAACGGCCCAGAUGUUUCCUCGACCCCGCCGCCGCCGCCGCCGCCGCCGCCGCCUGCUGGUUCUGUCGCGUCCCCGGCCGGAGCAGCCGGUGCGCCCCUGACGACGAAUCGAUCCGUGUGGGAAAUG